ACUGGUUUACCGUAUUUAUUAAUAACUAAUUUGGUUUAGGAAAUUAACACAGGAACAGAUUCAACUGCAAAAGAAACUGACAGCAAACUUGGACUUUACCCCUUUACUUUUAUCUAAAUGCACGGAAUAAGGCACAUAACGAGAAAAAUACUGAAUUAUUCUCUUGAUAGAAAUGCAUCACUGACCUGUUUUGUUGUUAGAAAGAUGUCCGGUGAAACUUGUUAUGAUUUUGAAACAUUAAAGGUUUCUUCUCCAAGAGAGGAUGUUGCUCAUGUUGAACUUAACAGACCAGACAGACUAAAUGCUAUGAACAUUGCAUUUUGGAGAGAAUGCAGAGAAUGCUUCCAAAAAUUAGCAAUAGAUAAGAACUACAGAGUGAUAAUAGUGUCUGGAGCAGGCAGAUUGUUUACAGCAGGAUUGGAUUUGAUGGAUAUGGGUGAUGUCAUGCCAACAGGAAAUGAUGUUGCAAGAAAAUGCUUUCAAAUGAGACCAAAAAUUGAAGAAUAUCAAGAAUCUUUUACAUCUAUAGAAAAGUGUCCAAAACCUGUCAUUGCUGCAGUACAUGGUGGUUGUAUUGGUGGAGGUGUUGACCUAACAUCUGCUUGUGACAUCAGAUACUGUACACAGGAUGCAUGGUUUCAAAUUAAGGAGAUAGAUGUAGGAUUGACAGCAGAUGUUGGCACAUUACAGAGGUUACCUAAGAUAAUUGGAAAUGAUAGCUUGGCAAGAGAAUUAUGUUAUACUGCUAGAAAAUUCCAUAGUGAUGAGGCAAAAGAAAUAGGUUUUGUCAGUCGUAUCUUCCCUGACAAAGCUGCUAUGAUUAAUGCUGCAAUAGAACUAGCAUCAUUGAUUGCUAGUAAAAGUCCAGUGGCAGUACAAGGGACCAAAGUUAGUAUGGUCUAUUCCAGAGACCAUUCUGUUCCUGAAGGACUCGCUCAUAUAGCUUUAUGGAACCAGGCAAUGCUACAGAGUGAAGAUGUAAUGAAAUCUGCAGAAGCAAUGAUGCAAAAGAAAGAACCAAAAUUUUCGAAACUAUAAGUUAAUUUAUAGACAAUUGAGUUUUGAAUGUGCGCAAAAGUGGACUGUAUUCAGAACAAAUAGAGGAUCAGACUAAAUUGUGGAUAUAAUGAGAUAAACAUAAAUGACUGUGAUAAUUAUUAAAUUA